AGACGCGCCCUGUGCCAUGCUGAACAACUCCCCGACUCUCCUCUUGGCUCUGACCACGGUGGCCGGACUUCUCCAGCGAUGCCAUGGCUGGAGCGACGAGGACUUGCUCCUGCCGCCCAUCAACUCCACCAACCGCUUCCUGGCCAACCUGGAGGUGGACGUGCGGUAUUCGAAGAGAUCCGUGGACGAGGGCGAAGCCUCGUCCGACGCGUCGCUCCAGACUCUCGCGCAGUGCAACGUCAGCGUCCAUAGACUCUUGCCCACCUCGCUGGUGGCGCGCUGGGACAGCAACUUCGGCUUCCAGUGCGACGUGCUCCUCUACACCACCAACAACCACGGCAGGGCUUUCUUCUCCGCUUCCUUCAACAGGGCGAUCUCGCCCGUCAUCAUCGAGCACCUCGGAGUCAACAGCGGUCAGCAGGAGUUGAGGCUGUGUGUUGGCUGCGGGCUCUCCCGGUACAGGAGGUUCGGCCAAGGCAGGUCGAGGGGCCAGCAGACGGGAGACCCCAUCAGUUUCUGCUGUGUCGACUUCAGCCUUGACGAGUUGAAGGGGGACAAAAGUUGGAGGCUCAACCGGAAACCCAUCGAGUCGACACUUGUGGCUUGUUUCAUGACUUUGGUCAUCAUUGUGUGGAGUGUUGCUGCUCUCAUAUGGCCGGUCCCUAUCAUUGCAGGAUUUCUGCCUAAUGGGAUGGAGCAGAGGCGGCCGAGAUAAUCAAACGGAGAUGCACAGU